AUGGCGAUCUUCAGCAGGUCCAAGAAAGGCAAACCUACGCCGACGACCCCUCCCGGGCCGUAUACUCACUCGACAGCUACUUUGACCCAUCAACCAACAGAGCAGCCAAAUCCAUAUCAACCGAACUGGACACACUUGGAGCAGAGGACUUAUGCAUCUCAUGGCCCUCCAGCACAAACCCAAGGCUGGCUGAUAGGCCCAGUUCCCCCGCAGUACCAUCCAGUCUUAGCACACCAGGAUCGCCUCCCUCCACUUCCUCAGAGGCCGCAGAAAUCAGGUUGCAAUAUCAGCAAGCUCAACUUGUCUUCGAUGUCCAACCUCCUAGCAUCCAACGUACCGGAUUGUGGAGCAAAAAUCAUGCAAAAUAGGGUUUCCCCGUUGUACAUGCAGGGGGCGCAGUAUCUUAACCAAAGUACGGCACUAUGUGACUUGAUCACCUCAAAAUUCGAUACCAUUAUCACACUUAUAGAUGGGGAAAAUUUCAGUGGAGAUGAAAGGGAGUUGGUAGUCAUGGCCCCGCCUCAACCGAUGUGGCAGCAACAGCAAGAGGAAACUGGAUAUAGCGAGCGAGUACUUGUCAAGGGAAAGGGAAAGGGCAUGGUUAACAAUUCAGUAUCUUCGGCACUCACGAGUACCAACUCCUUUGCCAAAGUACAUCUCUAUGCUAACUCAAGGCUACCACCAAACUUACCCCCCCUAAAACUAUAUAUGCCUACAUUCCCUUUGCUAUGUUUAGCUGCACAAUACUCCGAACGUGUGUACACGAAGCCUUCCGGUCAAGAAAAGGAGGUACAUCUAGAUGCCGAUUGGCGGCUUGGCACAAAGGUGGUCAUCAAGUCUGUUCCCAUGGACGAUAUGAAUACCAUCGUCUUUGCUAUCAGGGGAACGCAAACAUUCAUGGACUGGGCGGUGAACCUCAAUUCAGCUCCAGCGUCUCCGGAGGGAUUUCUUGAUGAUCCAGGAAACUUCUGCCACGCGGGAUUUCUUACAGUUGCGAGGAAGAUGAUACAGCCAGUCGCAGCCAGACUUCGUCAUCUCCUUCAAGAAGAUCCAAGCAGAUCUAAAUGUUCGCUAUUGAUAACCGGUCAUUCAGCGGGCGGCGCAGUGGCUUCCCUCCUGUAUUCUCAUAUGCUCGCUAUUACGCCUCAGGCCGAAUCUGAACUCAACAUACUUACGGGUUGCUUCAAACGUAUCCAUUGCGUGAGCUUCGGUGCUCCACCUGUCUCUCUUCUUCCACUCUCGAGACCUCCAAACCCAGCUCUGAGGAAAUCCAUCUUUCUAUCCUUUGUCAAUGAAGGCGAUCCAGUCCCGAGAGCAGACAAAGCAUAUGUACGCUCCUUGUUGGAUCUGUAUUCUUCACCAGCGCCUGGCCAAGUUUGCGCAAUCACACCUCAGAAAUUGCAGCCAUUCGUCUCCAACCUCAAGGCACAAUCAAGCUCUCUAACACUCAACAAGAUGAGACCAACACCCAAGAAGCCGAAGAGCCGCCCAGUCAACGAGAUAGCACCAUACUGGCCAGUUCCAGAAGCUACGCUGAGCAACGCAGGAAGGAUCGUGCUUCUGAGAAGCGUCGAGAAAUAUGAAAAUCGGUCGAAUAAGAAGAAGCCAAUCGUGGAAAUGAUGAACGAGGGUGUCGUGGCGCAGAUCGUCACUGAUGAGCUCCUGAGAGGAGUCAUAUGGGGAGACCCAGUCUGCCAUAUGAUGAAGCUGUAUGCGAGGCGUAUUGAGAUUCUGGCAACAAAUGCAGUGAUGGGACGGUUUUGA